AUGUCCACAAGCGGAAUCGUCAAGCGCGAACCUGAGCAAUCGCCAGAGCGCAUGCUGUUCUCGCCAGAACCUGCGCACCCACGGACAAAUCCUAGCGGGAGGGAGGCCCCUGCUGGCCGACCGUUAGAGACGUUUGGGAGAAACCAGCCGCCGACAUGGAGGGUCCAGCCAAUGCCUGUUGCGCCGCCGUCCGGAUCUGGGUCCGGGUCGGGAACACGGUCUUGGUUGCAUACGGUGCAGAACGACCCUGAAGGAAUGGACCGGUACAGUGAGAGUAAUUCGCCUCCUGCUACGUCGGGCGGGGUGUUCCCUUCCUACGGAGCACCAAACACACCUAUGAGGCCAAACCAACGGCAUGCGCCUGGGUACACGUGCCCAGACUGCGAGACGACGCAUACUGCUGCAUGGAGAUGGUACGAAGGGCGCAAGUACUGUAAUGCUUGCGGCCUGCACCGGAAGGCGAAUGGGAAGAAGCGGUCUGAGAGGUUGAUUGAGCAGGAUAAACAGAGGAGGCAGGACAAGCAGCGUGCUGAGCAGGAGUUUUUGCAUAGGAUUGAGGGGGUGAAAAGGGAAGGGACACAGUAG